AAAACGAUAAUAGCUCCAGGCUACUUGGAACGUUAAUACGAUGCGUAUUGUUGUGCUCGAUGCAUUCACAUUGCCGCAGCACAUGCAUGCAGCCUGUGCAGCGCUUAAAGAAUUUCUUGCAAGUCACUUGAACUUGAAAAAUUGUAUUAUUGUUUCUAAAAUUAACAUUUGUAUCAGUGAUUGUUUUACGGGUGGUUGUGUUACCCAUUUACUUUCAUCUUUUAUUUUAUUCCGCUAAAAUGGAAACAAGUCAGUUGACAAUAUAUGUAGCUGCUGCGGCGCUUAUGCUGUAUUUUCGGUUGUACAUCGCCCUGACUUUUUUGCUGCUACCGGUAUUAUAUAACUUGGCAAAACAAUAUGCACCUGAGCGCAUCCAUCGGCUGUUCCGGCGCGAGUUACGGGCGUUAAAAGGCAUUAUUAUUGUUGCUAUUCAGACGUUUAUAGCGACAAAACGUAAUCGACCGGUAUCACACUAUUUCCAAGAUACAGUACGACGCCAUGGAAAAAGGCUAUGUUCCGUUAUGAAGACAAAGAAUGGACGUUCGAGGAGAUCGGACAUUAUGCCAACCAGGUUGCCCAUUACUUUUCCACCGUGGAAAAACUCCAGAGGGAUACUGUGGCCCUUUUAGCAACUUCCUGCCCACAAUAUGUGGCCAUCUGGCUGGGCCUGAACAAAAUUGGCUGCAUCACGGCGCUCAUAAAUUGCAAUGUAAAAGACGAAGCCCUGCGCCACGCCAUUGCUGUGGCCAAUUCCAAAAUCGUCAUCGCUGGGACAGACGUGAUCACCAAUUAUCUGGAGAUUAUGAAUAAUCUUCCUGAAGUGCGCAAUUCCUUCGUCUUCUCCGAAGGGAAAGAACUGCCGAGUUUCCUCAAGUUCGACUCGGCUAAAGUAUUUUGGUUUGAUGAGCUGAUCAAGAAGAUGCCGACGCAUGACCCGGUAAUGACCAAUGCGCCGGGAUACUUUGAUACGAUUUGUUAUAUCUACACAUCCGGAACCACUGGCCUGCCGAAACCCUGUGUGAUCACUUCGCACCGGAUGUACGUGUACGCCAUCGCACAUCAUUACAUUCUGGAGUUCAGCAACAGCGAUGUACUUUACUGCACGCUGCCGCUCUAUCACAGUGCUGGCGGCGCCAUCUGUGUUGGUCAAGCCAUCGUGUUUGGAAAUACCAUUGCUCUGAGGAAAUCGUUUUCAGCGUCAAAAUUCUGGGAUGAUGUAAUAAAAUACAAAUGCACGAUAUUCCAUUAUGUCGGCGAACUCUGUCGAUAUUUGUUAGCCCAGCCUGUCAGUCCCAAAGAGACCCAGCAUUCGCUGCGCAUUAUCUACGGCGUCGGUCUGCGCCCCCAAAUCUGGUCAGAAUUCGUCAGCCGCUUCCGCAUUCCCCGCGUCUGCGAGUGCUACGGUUCGACCGAAGGCAAUGCCGGUUUCUCCAACAUUGACGGCAAACCCGGCGCCAUUGGCUUCACCUCAAAGGUCGUGGAAUACACCAAACAGCAGUACUUUAUUAGAGUGGACAUGGUCACCGGCGAGCCGUUACGUGGUCCGAAUGGCUUGUGCGUUAAGUGCAAAGCCGGCGAACCGGGUGAACUAGUGGGCAAAAUCAGCGAAGGGAAGUUCAGUAGUUUCGACGGGUAUCUGCAAAAAGAUGCUACAGAGAAGAAGUAUCUGCGGGACGUACUGGAGAAGGGCGAUUUGUUCUUCAGGACAGGGGAUAUUUUGUACUUCGAUGAAGUGGGCUAUGUGUAUUUUGUUGACCGGACUGGAGACACCUUCCGAUGGAAAGGUGAAAACGUGUCGACUACGGAAGUGGAGGGUAUCAUGAGCCGGCUGUGCGGCGACGUAGACGUUGCUGUUCUGGGCGUCCAAAUUCCCGGAUGCGAAGGACGCGCCGGAAUGGCAUGCAUUGGUACGUCCGCUGCGAAUGUGGACUUCAACAAGCUUACCGCCGGCGUCAAAGAAAAACUGGCAUCUUUUGCUCGUCCAUUGUUUCUACGGUUCCAAAGCGAGCUGCAGAUCACAGGAACUUUCAAAAUUAUGAAAGCCGCUCUAAAAGAAGAUGGAUUUAAUGUGGAGAAAGUCACAGAUCCACUUUAUUUCUGGAAUCCGACCAAUGCUCAGUAUGAACCGCUCAACAAAGAAUCCUAUGACAAAAUUAUGAAAGGUCAAAUUCGGUUUUAACCAAAAUUUUCUUCAGUUGUUCCUCGUAUUAGAAAUCGGCAACUGCAGUGACAAAUAAUUCCUCAUUUGAUAACUGUGAAAUGCACUUAUAAUGUACAAUUUUUGUAUUGGCGCAUGGUUUAUCCAAGAUGUCCGUAAUACUGUAUCGUGAUCUUUGUACCUUGAAUAGUUUCUAAAUUUUCUGCUUCACGGUUAAUGAAACAAAAUGAAUGUCUGCACAAAGAGUAUUAAAACAAACAAAUUACA